AUGCGUGCCUUCACUGUCCUCCUUUCCCUUGCCGGUGCUGCCCUUGCACAACGAAUUUCUAUCGGUGCACCUAGUGCAGGCCAAACACUCACCGGAGGGAAAGACACUUCAGUCUCCGUCCUGAAGGGUGACACAUUGACCGGCUCCACAGAAAUAGGUGUCAGCAUCCUCAUACACCACUGCACACAAUCACCCUGUGAAGAUGCUUCGGAACAGAUGGGUUCCAUCCUAUACUCAGGCAGCUUCAACCCUCAGCGUGGUCCAGGCUUCUUCGGGGAGCCUGUCCAGAACUUCACCGUAACAAUACCUGACGGCUUCCAGCCAGGACCAGCAGUGCUAAGUGUUGCACAUGCAAAUUUGGUUGGGGCGGGUCCUUUCUUGUUCUCUGAAGUAGCCAACGUAACGGUGAACGUUGCUUAA